UCAGCCGCCUCCGAGCGGCAGGAGGGAACAGCGGUCGCUGCGCUCCGGCCAGCCAGUUUCCCGAGACCCCGCUUCUCUCCGCGGGGCAGAGAUCUUCCUCUGUGCCCCGCCGGGUACCCCUAGUCCAAACGUCUCUCAACGACAUGGAAGAAUUUUUGCAACGCGCCAAAUCUAAACUGAAUCGAAGCAAACGCUUGGAGAAGGUCCAUGUGGUUAUUGGACAUAAAUCGUGUGAGUUGGAUUCUCUCAUUUCCGCCUUCACGUACGCUUACUUUCUAGACAAGGUCAGUCCACCUGGAGUUCUCUGUUUGCCAGUGCUGAACAUACCAAGAACUGAAUUCAAUUACUUCACUGAGACGAGGUUUAUUUUAGAAGAGCUGAACAUCUCUGAAUCGUUCCACAUAUUCCGAGAUGAAAUUAAUCUGCAUCAGCUAAAUGACGAAGGGAAGUUAUCUAUAACGCUCGUUGGCAGCAAUGUGCUGGCGAGCGAGGACCAAACUUUAGAAUCAGCGGUUGUCAAAGUCAUUAAUCCGGUGGAGCAGAGCGAUGGCGGCCUUGAGUUCCGAGAGUCUUCCUCUUCCCUUGUGGUGAAAGAGAUUCUCCGGGAGGCUCCUGAGCUCAUCACCGAGCAGCUGGCUCAUCUCCUCAGAGGUAGCAUCCUUUUCAAGUGGAUGACCAUGGAAUCCGAGAAGAUCUCAGAGAAGCAGGAAGAAAUUCUCUCUAUCCUGGAAGAAAAAUUUCCCAGCUUGCCUCCGAGAGAGGACAUCAUCAACGUCCUGCAGGAGACCCAAUUCAGUGCUCAGGGUUUAAGUAUUGAACAGACAAUGCUGAAGGACAUAAAAGAACUGUCCGAUGGAGAAAUAAAAGUGGCCAUCAGUACCGUGAACAUGACCCUCGAGAACUGUAUGUUUCACAGCAAUAUCAGCAGCGACUUGAAAGCAUUUGCAGACAAGUUCGGUUUUGACGUCCUCAUCCUCCUGGCCAGCUACCUGUCGGAGGAAGAGCAGCCGAGACGACAGAUUGCCGUGUACUCCCAGAACCUCGAGUUGUGCAGUCAGAUCUGCUGCGAACUGGAAGAAAGCCAGAACCCUUGCCUGGAGCUGGAGCCCUUUGAAUGUGGCUGUGAUGAGAUCCUGGUGUACCAGCAGGAGAACCCGUUGGUGACCUGUGAUCAGGUGCUCCUUCUCGUCAAGGAAGUCAUCAACAGGAGAUGUCCAGAGAUGGUCUCCAACAGCCGGACGUCCUCAACGGAAGCCGUGGCAGGCAGCGCCCCAUUGUCCCAGGGAUCUUCCGGGAUUAUGGAGCUGUAUGGUUCUGACAUAGAGCCACAGCCCAGCUCCGUGAAUUUCAUAGAAAACCCUCCAGAUCUCAACGAUUCUAAUCAGGCUCAGGUGGAUGUAAACAUCGACCUCGUCAGCCCAGAUAGCGGGUUGGCCACCAUUAGGAGCAGCCGUUCAUCCAAGGAGAGCUCGGUUUUCCUCAGUGAUGACAGUCCAGUGGGAGAAGGUGCUGGGCCUCACCACAGCCUCCUCCCAGGGUUUGACUCCUAUAGUCCCAUCCCCGAAGGAGCAGUCCCAGAGGAGCAUGCCCGGUCUGGAGAACACAGGGAAUCCUUUGACCUCUUCAACUUUGACUCAGCAACCAUGGCUUCUGGGCAGUCCCAACCAUCUUCUCAUUCUGCAGACUACUCUCCUGCAGAUGACUUCUUCCCCAAUAGUGAUUCAUCAGAAGGACAACCCCCGACGGGGCCUAAAGAAAUCAAUGGGAUAGGGAUGGACAUGUCCAAAUAUUCAUCCAGUUCACUUUUGUCAGAGGCUGGCAAAGAUGACCUUGUGGAAUUUGAUGAGGAAUUUGUUCAGAGACCAGAAAGUCCCGAGGAUAACUCUGAAAGAAAUGUGAGCCUGACAGGUUUUGUGGGAGAUAAAUCUCCUUCACCAGAAAGGCUGAAAAAUAUUGGAAAGCGGGUCCCACCAACACCUAUGAAUAGCUUUGUAGAAAGUUCACCAUCCACGGAAGAACCAGCUCUACUCUACCCAGAAAGUGUGACCCCAAAAGCAGUAGACGCGGGUCACAUAGGGCCACCUCAGACCCGUGCACGGUGCAGCAGCUGGUGGGGUGGCUUGGAAAUUGACUCUAAAAAUAUUGCAGACACAUGGAGUUCUAGUGAACAGGAGUCUGUCUUCCAGAGCCCCGAGUCAUGGAAAGACCAUAAGCCAAGCCCAGUGGACAGAAGAGCCUCAGAUUCUAUAUUUCCACCAAAGAGUCUCGAUUUCCCAAAGUCAAGUCCCUGGGAGUCUGAAUUUGGUCAGCCUGGGCUGGGCAGCCAUAAUAUUCAGGACCAAAAUGAGGACCACUUACAGUUUCAGAACGUGCCCACAGAGAAAUCGAAUCUGCCCAGCGCUUCUCCUCAGGGGGCACACCACCUGAUCGAAGACUUUGCUGCCUUGUGGCGUUCUGAUCGCUCUCCCACGGCGAUGCCGGAGCCGUGGGGAAAUCCCACAGAAGAUGGGGAACCAGCCGCUGCGGUGUCAUUCCCAGCCUGGAGUGCAUUUGGUAAAGAAGAUGGCACCAAAGCUUUGGCAAAUACCUGGAAUCUGCACCCAACGAGCGGUGAGACGCCUUCUGUGAGGGACCCGAGGGAAUGGGCCAUGGCAAAAAGUGGGUUUUCUUUUCCCUCGGAAGACAAUUCACCCAGUGAGGCAAAUAAUGAAGCACCCCCAGAAAUCUGGGGUAAGAAGAACCACGACUCCAGGGAUAAUAUCCUUAUAUCUGGAAACCCCAGAUCCGAUCUGGACCACGCGUGGAAUGGUUCCAAACCGACAAAGGAAGAUCAGAAUGGCUUAAUGGAUCCCAAAAUUAGGGGGGAGGUGUAUGAAAAGGUAGACUCCUGGAACCUUUUUGAGGAGGGUAUCAAAAAAGGAGGGGCAGACGUCCUGGCACCUUGGGAAGAUUCCUUCUUAUACAAAUGUCCCGAUUACAGUGCAUCCAACAUAGGGGGAGAUUCGGUGCCCUCCCCCUUAGAUACCAACUACUCCACAUCUGACUCCUAUACUUCGCCAACAUUUGCUGGAGACGAGAAAGAAACAGAAAGCAAGCCAUUUGCUAAAGAGGGAGGUUUUGAGUCACAAGAUGCUAACUCUGCCACAGGGGAGACUGAAAUGCCUCCCCAGUCACCGCAGCAGCCACCUAGAAAUCGAAUUAGUUCAGGUCCCGGGAACCUAGAAAUGUGGGGCUCACCGGAUGCAGAUAACAGUUCGGAGACAAAUGUCACUUACAACUCCGAGAAGGAUUUACUCAGGACGGAGCCCACAGAUGAUAAGAACAUCUCCAUGGAGGAUGACAUCGGGGAAAGCAGCCUGUCCAGUUACGACGACCCCAGCAUGAUGCAGCUGUACAAUGAAACAAACCGACAGCUCACGCUUCUGCACAGCAGCACAAACUCCCGCCAGGCGGCCCCUGACAGCCUCGACUUGUGGAACAGAGUGAUUCUGGAGGACACGCAGUCCACUGCGACCAUCUCCGAUAUGGAUAAUGAUUUGGACUGGGACGACUGUAGCGCGGGUGUGGCAAUCUCCAGUGAAGGUCAAGCACAAGGAUACAUGAUUGAAAGCGCUGAACCGGAGACCCGAUUUUCAGUGAGACAGCUGGAGCCAUGGGGUGUGGAGUAUCAGGAAGCAAAUCAGGGGGAUUGGGAACUCCCCGCACCUUCUGAGCACAGCAAGGACACUCCUGCCAAUGGAUAUCACACACUGAAUGAAAAAAGUGGACAGCUGAUCGCAGAUAGCAUUUGGGACUCCGUCAUGAGAGAUAAUGACAUGUCUUCGUUAAUGUUACCAGGCCCCUCAUAUGUCACAGAUUCUGAACAACACAAAUCUCCUUCUGGAACUCCCAACUCAUCGGAAAAAAUUAAGGACAGUUGUAUCCCAGACAUGCUAGAAGCCUCUGGAGCCGGCGAGUCAGGUGCACUUGAUCCUGAUAAGCAGGACCCGUGCAGAGGAACCCUGCCACAUGAUGCGACAUCCUUGGCAACCAACUUUGAGAAUCCAGGGCAUUUUGGACCCUCAGAUCCAUGGACAGGUCCUAGCUGUGGACAAAGCAAAGGUGAGGAGGAAGCCCAUGGAGCCACUGCUAGGGAGCACCUCCGUGAGGAGGAGAUGACAGACGGAGCUUCGGAGCAGUCUGGAAAAGGACAAAGUGACCGGGAAGGCUCUUCCCCGGUUGCAUCUGAACAUCAAGAAAUCUGUGAUGAGUCCGGCAAAAUCAACUCUCUCUCAGUCCCUUCCAGCCCUCAGACUGAGGAACCCCAGGAGAUUUUAGAGCACGAGAGGGGGUCUUACAAUCCAGGUUCCUGUGAUGUGCGCGCAGAAGUGUCCACAAAUGACCUGCGGGCAGAAGAGACCUGUGACAAGCCCCUCCCGUAUCACAGAAAUUCAGAUGACGCCACUGACACUUCCAGUGGGCUUGGGCUGAAUUUAACAAAAACUGUAUCUUUCCCUGAAAUGAGUCUUGAGAGCACUGAAGAGUGUAACGUUCUGGAACCAGAGAGAGUGAGCCAAGAGCCACGCCAUGAAUGUCCCCAAAGCCUUGACAUUUGGGAUGGCUCUGUAGACAGUGAUGUGCAGGUCAAUGUCCCAAAUUCUGAGAUUACUAAGAGUCUUGAAGUUGAGAGUACUGAAAACAGCCUUCCAGGAGCUUCUUCAUCAGGAAAUUAUCGCAGAGAUAGUAUUUCUAGUGAGUAUACACAUUCGAGUGCAUCGAGUCCUGGCCUAAAUGAUUCCUCAGCUCCAUUGCCUUCCUGGGAACAUGGACCCAAUAUGGGGCAUCAGGAGCAGAAUCAAGAUGAUUGGAGCAAACAGAGUCACCAAGAAUCUGAACUAAUUACUACUGAUGGCCAAAUAGAAGUAAUUACUGAAAUGGAGGACCUGGACAAAAACAGAAUGGACAGGUUUGAAAAGAGCUUAGAUCUCAAGGUUCCUAAAUUUUUAGAGAUUUGGAAUGACUCAGUAGAUGGUGAUUCCUUUUCGUCUGUAUCCAGCCCUGAAACAGGCAAAUGUUCUGAGUAUUCCGAGGCAUAUCAGGAAAGGUAUCUAGUGGUUAGCCAUCAGGAGAAAAAUGACCAUGACCUUCCUAAAACCGUGCAGCCAGAGGAUGCCAAGUUCAUUUCAACAAGUUCAGGUUCUGAUGACGACAGCAUAGGUGAUGAAGAGUCAGUGGAGAAAGAGGUCCACUUGGGCACUUGCCAAGUUGCUCAGAGCGACCCCAGAGCUUGGGAUUCAGUGAAUGAACCUAAUAAGUUCUUGGCCACCGCUGAUCCCAAGUCUGAGGAGUGUCCUGCGUAUGUAGGCAAUUCAGAAGCAAGAGAGAACAAGCCAGACCCAUUCUGUGACAACCAACAAAGCAGCCCCGAUCACCGGAAUUUCUCACCGCUAAAGGAGACCGAACUACAGGUUACAGCAGUAGAUACAGAGAUGAGAUCUUCUCCAGAAACAGGGAAGACGGGAGAGACCACCUGGCAGCUAUCUCCCAAAAGCGAAUCAAAGAAUGAGAAUUAUUCCAAACUGGAAACACUUGGCUUCUCAGCUGAGCGCUCCGAGCGGUGGAAUGCCUCUCUACAAGAAGGACGACCGAUGGAGAGCACAUUUGAAAGGGAAUUGCCCAACCCAAGUAGUGUGUUAGAGAUGAAUUCUUCAGUAUACCACAAAGUGGGUCCCUGGGGAGUACCCACCCAGGGUGAUAUUGAACCCAUGGAAACGCAUUGCACUCAGCCCUUCGGUGAUGAACAUCGGUCACCCUUUCUGGAGAAAAAUGAGGAGAACUCCCAUGAGCAACUCUGGAACAUUCAACCGAGACAGCCAGACCCAGAAGCGGAUCAGCUUGGCCAGCUUGUGAUACUGGACCAAAUGAAAGAAAAGGAUGCUAGAGAGCAAACCUUCUUGUCUUCUGCUGGUGAACAGCUGACUUCUGAAACACCUACCCAAGAGCAGCAGAGUCAGAAUACAGCGCUGUCCGUCUGGGAUCAGCCAGACGCAACGUUUACUCACACAGAUGAAAAUGAAUGUGUCGUAUCUAAUGUUUUGACCGUGGAGUGUCAAGAAACAAAUCGGUGGGAAGAAGAAAAAUCGUACCCCAGUGAAAUAACAAAUUCCAGCAUUGCCUCAGAAGAUUUCCCGGCUGUCAGUUCUUCCACCCAGUUGAUAAAGAAGUCGGGCUCUGAAUGGGAUGUCUGUCCUCCUAGGGAGAGCCCCGAAGGCACAUUCGUUCCAGAUAUUUUACACGGCAACUUCCAGGAGGGUGGGCAACUGGCCUCAGCUUCGCCUGACUUGUGGAUAGAUGCUAAGCAGCCCUUCAGUUUGAAAGCAGAUGGUGAGAAUCCAGAUAUACUGACCCACUGUGACCGUGACAGCAACUCUCAGGCUUCCAACAGCCCUGAUAUAUGCCAUGAUCAUGAAGCAAAGCAAGAGACUGAACCGCUCGUCAGGGCUGGAGUGGGACCGGAAGGGGAAGCCAGUGAGUUAUAUCUCACCGAGCCAAAGAUGGAUGAAGAACCCAAUCGGGAGCCUGGGCAGGAAUUUGUCCCAUACGAUUCAGAACUAUAUUCCGAAAAUGUAAUCCCACUGCCUCCGAUCAGUGAUCAAGUGAACAUAAGUGGCUCAUCUCAGCCUGCCUCUCAGAGAGGUUCUCCUGAACCUUCUGAAAUAAAUGGUGAAGGCAAUGCAGGUUUAAAAGCAGCAGACAAAGCUGCUGCCCCAGAUGUAGCACCGGCUUUGGAACUCGUUGAGAGAACAAUCCCAAUGAUGGAAAACGUGGGGACCGGUAUUUCUGUAACUCUCCAGGAGCCUGCGAUGGACAGCAACAGCUUGUUGGUGUCAGAGGGCCUCUCUCCUGAGAGUCAGACAGAUGCAGGAGCCUUGUUGGACGAGGAGCAACUUUUUGCUACUGAGAAUUCUGCCACGGUUCCUGACGCCCCGUUAGCUUCAGACACUUGCCUGGACAUAAGCGAAGCUGCCUUUGACCACAGCUUCAGCGAUGCCUCAGGUCUUAACACAUCCACGGGCACAAUAGAUGACAUGAGUAAAUUGACAUUAUCUGAGGGCAAUCCAGAAACGCCAGUUGACGGGGAUGCAGGGAAGCAAGAGGUCUGUUCGUCUGAAGCCUCGUGGGGUGAUUUCGAAUAUGAUGUCAUGGGCCAAAAUAUCGAUGAAGAUUUAAUGAAAGAGCCUGAGUAUUUUCUCUAUGGCGGUGACCCUCCCUUGGAAGAAGACACCCUGAAGCAUUCGCUGGCACCUUACACACCCCCCUUUGAUUUGUCCUAUCUCACAGAACCUACCCUUGGUGUCAAAACAACAGAGGAAGCCGAGUCUCCAGAGGACGAGUCUCUAGGGCCCGAAGCAGCCGAGAUGCUGCUUUCCGCCCUUCCUGAUCAAAAAAGCAAAGAAAACCACGCCGAGACCCCCAACAGACAGCCUGGACAACUGGUUGUCCUGCAUAUUCAUGAAGACCCCGAGUCCGUUUCUUUGCCAGCGGGAGCCCACCCCAACCUUGAGCUGUCUCCGUCCAACAUCGACUGGGAAGUAGAGACAGAUAAUUCGGAUUCACCAGCAGGUGGAGACGUAGGACCACCAAAUGGUGCCAGCAAGGGAAUAUCAGAAUUGGAAGAAGAAAAAAGAAUUCCGACCCAAGGGCCUGAGCAGGUAACAGCGGAAUCCAGGGAAGAAAGGUACACAGAGAGGAAUGAAGAUAAUCACGCGGCACACAUGGGUUACAUACUUGUCAACCAUGAAGAAAAUUCACCCGCAAAGCCAGAGGCCUGCGAGGCAAGCGAAAACACAUCUGAAUUAGACGAGUUUCACGCAGGUUCUGAAGAAGAGAUGUCAGGAACUCAGCUGGCCGGCUUCCCGGAUUCAUGUCAGCUUGCCUCUUUAAAUGAAAGACGAGAUCAUUCUGCAGAGAGACUGUCUCCCCAAGGUGAGAAGAGAGCGGCUCUUGAAAGCCCUGGGCAAGACCAGAAUUGGAUGGUCUUGGGCCAUAGCGAGGUUGGUGACGAGUCAUUGGAAGCUAGGAACUCAGGGCCUGGAUGGGCUGGCCAAGCUGUGGAGUCAACCUCUGAUUGUGGCGUGGGCGAGGGUGCCCAGAUGCAAGUUCUAGGAGGCAUGAAGCCUCUGGAAUCCUUAGCCCUAGAGGAGGCCUCUGGUCUGGGCAGCCAAUCGCGGAAGAACAAGAGCCGCGGCGGCGGGGCUGACCCAGAUGCAGUUAUGCUGCAGGCUGUCGCCCAUGACAAUGACUGGGAAAUGCUUUCACCACAGCCUUCUCAGAAAAACAUGAUCCUUGAAACGGAAAUGGAGGAGGAGACAGAGUUUCUUGAGCCCGGAACGAGGAAGCUGAGACCGAAUGGACUGCUGUCAGAGGAUGUAGGCAUGGAUGUCCCCCUGGAGGACGGAAUGCUGAGUCCCAGUGCUGCAGACAUGAGGCCUGAACCUCCCAAUUCUCUGGAUCUUAACGACACUCCUCCUCGCAGGAUCAAACUCACGGCCCCGAAUAUCAAUCUUUCUCUGGACCAACAAAGUGAAGGGUCUAUUCUCUCUGAUGAUAACCUGGACAGCCCAGAUGAAAUCGAUAUCAAUGUGGAUGAACUUGAUACCCCUGAUGAAGCAGAUUCUUUUGAGUACACUGGGCACGAAAGUUCCACAGCUAACAAAGAUUCCGGCCAAGAGUCAGAGUCCAUUCCAGAGUAUACGGCGGAGGAGGAGCGGGAAGACAACCGGCUGUGGAGGACCGUGGUGAUCGGAGAACAGGAGCAGCGGAUUGACAUGAAGGUCAUCGAGCCCUACAGGAGAGUCAUCUCUCACGGAGGAGAUUCAGGAUACUAUGGGGACGGCCUAAAUGCAAUCAUUGUGUUUGCUGCCUGUUUUCUGCCAGACAGCAGUCGGGCGGAUUACCACUAUGUCAUGGAAAAUCUUUUCCUAUAUGUAAUAAGCACUUUAGAGCUGAUGGUAGCUGAAGACUAUAUGAUUGUGUACUUGAAUGGUGCAACCCCCAGACGCAAGAUGCCAGGGUUGGGCUGGAUGAAAAAAUGCUACCAGAUGAUUGACAGACGGUUGCGAAAGAAUUUGAAAUCAUUCAUCAUUGUUCAUCCAUCUUGGUUCAUCAGAACAAUCCUUGCAGUGACACGACCUUUUAUAAGCUCAAAAUUCAGCAGUAAAAUUAAGUAUGUCAAUAGUUUAUCAGAACUCAGUGGGCUGAUCCCAAUGGACUGCAUCCAUAUUCCAGAAAGCAUCAUCAAUAUUGACCUGAAGCUGAAAGGAAAGCCCUAGUCCCGUCCGGCUGGAAGAAAAGGAUGUUCUGCUUCCUGAUUCUGCUGAAACAUACCCACCUGGAAGAGACAGGGCGGAUGGUACUUUUUUUUUCCACUUUGCACUACCU